CUCUGCACGACGGAGUAGAGAGAGAAAGAAAGUAGAGGGUGAGGGGGGACAUGUAGAGAGAGAAAGCUUUUUUUUUCUUUCUUUUCCGGCGCCGAUCUCCUUCUCCGGUUCAUUUUCAAGAUCUGACCUUUUUUAUUAGCCUGAUCAGAGAAGCUUCGUUUUUAAAUGACAUCCCUAAGUAGAGAACUGGUGUUCUUGAUCUUACAAUUCCUGGAUGAAGAGAAGUUUAAAGAGACAGUUCACAGGUUGGAACAAGAAUCUGGUUUUUUCUUCAAUAUGAAAUAUUUUGAAGAUGAGGUUCAUAAUGGGAACUGGGAUGAAGUUGAGAAAUACUUAUCGGGUUUCACCAAGGUUGAUGACAAUCGAUAUUCCAUGAAGAUAUUCUUCGAAAUUCGAAAGCAGAAGUAUCUCGAGGCAUUGGAUAAGCACGAUAGGCCCAAGGCUGUCGAUAUUCUCGUGAAAGAUCUUAAAGUCUUUUCAUCGUUCAAUGAAGAACUUUUUAAGGAGAUUACUCAGCUGUUGACUCUUGAGAAUUUCAGGGAAAACGAACAGCUAUCAAAGUAUGGCGAUACAAAAUCUGCUAGAGCUAUUAUGUUGGUUGAGCUCAAGAAGCUUAUUGAGGCGAAUCCUUUAUUCCGCGAUAAAUUGCAGCUUCCUGCCCUGAAAAAUUCGAGAUUAAGAACACUCAUAAACCAGAGCUUGAAUUGGCAACAUCAACUUUGUAAAAGUCCAAGGUCGAAUCCAGAUAUCAAAACCCUUUUUGUGGAUCAUUCUUGUGCUCAGCCAAACGGGGCACGUGCUCCAUCGCCAGCGAGCAAUCCAAUACUCGGAUCUUUACCAAAACCGGGAGGAUUUCCACCUUUGGGUGCACAUGGUCCAUUUCAACCAACACUUGCACCAGUCCCGGCUCCGAUUGCUGGUUGGAUGACUAACCCGCCUUCUGUAACCCACCCACCCAUUCCUAAUGGAGCUAUAAAUAUCGGAGGACCAGCCCUGCCAGCUUCUUUAAAGCACCCGAGGACUCCAACUAAUCCCUCUGUGGAUUACCCAUCUAUGGAUUCAGAUCAUGCAAACAAAAGAAGGACAAUAGGAAUACCAGAUGAGGUUAAUCUGCCAGUGAACAUAUUACCCGUGUCUUUUAUGGGCCAUGGACAUGGACAAAGUAUAAGUGCUCCGGAUGAUUUGCCGAAGAAUGUUGCUAGGGUUUUGAAUCAAGGGUCUGCUCCAAUGAGCAUGGAUUUUCAUCCUAUUCAACAAACUCUACUCCUAGUUGGCACCAAUGUUGGUGAUAUUGGACUAUGGGAAAUUGGCUCAAGGGAAAGAUUGGUUCAAAGGAACUUCAAAGUUUGGGACCUAAGUGCAUGUUCUGUGACACUGCAGGCUGCUUUAGUUAAGGAUCCUGGUGUAUCAGUUAACCGCAUUAUGUGGAGUCCUGAUGGUUCUAUGUUUGGAGUGGCGUACUCGAGGCAUAUUGUACAAAUACAUUCUCAUCACGGAGGAGAUGAUGUGCGACAACAUCUCGAGAUUGAUGCCCAUGUUGGCGGAGUAAAUGACCUGGCGUUUUCGCAUCCGAAUAAGCAACUCUGUGUCAUAACCUGUGGGGAUGAUAAGACCAUCAAAGUAUGGGAUGCGACGACGGGUGCGAAACAAUAUACUUUUGAAGGUCACGAGGCUCCGGUGUAUUCAGUUUGUCCUCAUCAUAAGGAAAACAUUCAGUUCAUAUUUUCGACGGCUAUGGAUGGAAAAAUAAAAGCGUGGUUAUAUGACAAUUUGGGAUCUCGAGUGGAUUACGAUGCACCUGGUCGCUGGUGCACCACAAUGGCUUACAGCUCUGACGGAACGAGGCUAUUUUCGUGUGGAACAAGCAAAGAUGGGGAAUCGCAUAUUGUUGAGUGGAAUGAGAGUGAAGGCGCAAUAAAGAGAACCUAUCAAGGUUUCCGCAAACGUUCAUUAGGAGUAGUGCAAUUCGACACGACAAGAAACAAGUUUCUGGCUGCGGGAGAUGAUUUCUCCAUUAAGUUUUGGGAUAUGGAUAAUGUUCAACUCCUCACAAGCAUCGAAGCUGAAGGAAAUCUCCCGGCUAGCCCACGAAUCCGGUUCAAUAAGGAUGGCUCAUUGUUAGCCAUCUCUGCUAAUGAGAAUGGAAUCAAAAUUUUAGCUAAUUUUGAUGGUCUCCGUCUUCUUCACAAAUUUGAAAACGUCUCUUUCGAAACUUCAAGAGCAUCGGAAGCGGCGAAGCCUACGAUAAAUGCAAUAUCAUCAGCUGUCGCUGCUGCCGCCGCCACAACUAGUUCUGGACUUGCUAUAUCUAGCAUGAAUGUGGAUACUAGAAAUUUGGGAGAUGUGAAACCUAGAAUUACCGAAGAAUCAAACGAUAAAUCUCAGAUUUGGAAACCAACCGAAAUUAGCGAAGCUUCCCAGUGCAGAUCGCUGAAGCUACCCGAACAUUUGAGGGUAAACAAGAUUUCGAGGUUGAUAUAUACAAACUCGGGAAAUGCGAUAUUGGCAUUAGCCUCGAAUGCGAUUCAUCUUCUUUGGAAAUGGCAACGAAGUGAUCGAAAUACAAGUGGAAAGGCAACGGCUAGUUUUUCCCCGCUAAUAUGGCAACCUUCGAGUGGAAUUAUGAUGACCAAUAAUGUCUCGGAUAGUAGCCCCGAGGAUUCGGCUCCUUGUUUUGCUCUGUCUAAAAAUGAUUCAUAUGUUAUGUCGGCUUCAGGCGGAAAGAUUUCUUUGUUCAAUAUGAUGACGUUUAAGACAAUGACGACGUUCAUGCCUCCGCCACCAGCAGCGACGUUUCUUGCUUUUCAUCCUCAAGAUAACAAUAUAAUUGCUAUUGGAAUGGACGAUUCAACUAUACAAAUAUAUAAUGUUCGGGUGGAUGAGGUUAAAAGCAAGCUCAAAGGUCAUUCUAAGAGAAUCACUGGUCUUGCCUUUUCACAUGUGCUGAAUGUUCUUGUUUCAUCAGGAGCAGAUGCCCAGCUUUGUGUAUGGAACUCCGACGGAUGGGAAAAGCAAAAAAACCGAUUCCUUCAGAUACCGACAGGAAGGACACCUACGGCACAAUCAGAUACUCGUGUACAGUUUCAUCAGGACCAAACGCAUUUCCUCGUAGUACAUGAGACUCAGCUCGCAAUUUACAAUGCAGCCAAACUUGAAUGUGUAAAACAGUGGAGCCCACGUGAAUCAGCUGCUCCGGUAUCACAUGCGACAUUUUCAUGCGAUAGCCAGUUAAUCUACGCAUGCUUCUUGGAUGGGUCGGUUUGUGUAUUUGUUGCUACGUCGCUCAGAAUUCAAUGUAUUAUCAGUCCUAACGCAUAUCUUUCGCCUAAUAACAGUAAAUCAUUGAAUGUGCAUCCGUCAGUGAUAGCCGCACAUCCUCAAGAACCGUAUCAGUUUGCGUUGGGUCUAUCGGAUGGGUGUGUUCAUGUGAUCGAGCCUCUUGAAUCGGAAGGUAAAUGGGGAGUGUCCCCGUCGGUUGAGAAUGGACCAGCAACUACCACCUUAGCACAGCCACAACCAAGUGCUGGUGCUUCCACCUCAGAUCAGCCUCAACUUCAGCCUCAAAGAUGAUGAUGAUGUUUAGGAUUUUUACUCAUAUUUCUUUCAUCUUCAAAUUCCUUCCAUCCCAAUCAGACAAACCAUAAUACUCUCUUCUUCCUUUUUGUGGUUGAAUUGUUUUAUUAACUUAAAUUAAUUGAUGAUUGAAAAAGGCAGUUGUAGAUCUAACAUGUUUAUUAUGUAGAAUUUAGCUGUAAGAUUAUUAAUCUUUGUUUGGAUUCAAUAUCAUAAACUACAUGCUGCU